CCGCUACGGCGUUCCACUCAAACAGAAACUGCCGCCGAGUGCGCUCUUCGUUGUGGAAGUGUCGCGCAAACGCAAGCGGCAUCAGCAUGCGGUUCAGCCGGAGGCAGGGAUUCGGGACGGUGCUCCUUCUGCUGUGUGUCUUCGCGUCCCUCGCCAGGGCGGCUGUGUUCGUGCAACCUGUAGACGUGAAAAACAAACAAUGCAUCUGGAAGAAGUACGCAAUUCCAGAUGGAGCGCACAUCAACCUCGCCAAUCCUUGCAUGAGCCUUACCUGUGAUUCGCGGCUCAAGUAUCUGCGAGGCGCAUCAUGCGGCCGCGUCUCACUGCAAGGCUAUCCGAAGAACUGUACCUUGAAAAAAGGCAAGGGAAUCUACCCGAAAUGCUGCAAAACGCAUGUCAUCUGUUCGUGAGCAUCAAAUUUUUGCCCAGAUUAGAGAAAAUCAAGACAACCAAACAAAUGGCGUCCUACAUCUCCUCCCGCUACUCUUCACAGCAUCAACGAAGAAAUGCAGGAGCCUGACGACCAGUCUGCCAUACCGUGCCAAACAAAGCAAAACAAUCGCGAAUGCUAUGUGAAAGCUUGUAUAGUGUGUCUUACUUCAUUUAUAUUUUUGCUACUUUAGUGUAGUGUUUCAGUGCUGGUGAAUAGCUAUGACCUGUAAGAUCGGUGCUUUCCGAGAUGAAUGACAGUGAUGGGAUGUAUGUGUGAAUGGUACGCAUAAUAAAGUUUAAUCCUGCGAGU